AUGGCUUUCAGGUUCUCGGUCUUGCAGUCAGAGCAAAGAGUGGAAGAUGUACGACUGAUUCGAGACCAGCAUCCGACUAAAAUACCAGUGAUCAUUGAAAGGUACAAGGGAGAGAAGCAGCUUCCAGUUUUGGAUAAGACCAAGUUCUUGGUGCCAGAUCACGUCAACAUGAGCGAGCUAAUCAAAAUUAUCAGGCGACGCCUGCAGCUGAACUCCAACCAGGCCUUCUUCCUCCUGGUGAACGGACACAGCAUGGUGAGCGUUUCCACACCCAUAUCCGAGGUGUACGAGAGCGAGAAGGACGAGGAUGGGUUCCUGUACAUGGUGUACGCCUCUCAGGAGACUUUCGGAGUGCGAUCUUCCGUCUAAGACACGCAAGCGGCUUCUAGCCUAGGAUUUUGGGUUACCCUUGGCCAUCACCCCCACUCUUCCCCACACGCACCCCAGGGAAAGAAACGGAUGUCACCUACGCUCUCAGUACCUUAGCAUAGUCUUGCUUUAGCAGGUGUCUCAUCUUACCUUGCCUUGUUUGUGACUAUUAAACAGUACAGACGAGCACCUCCA